CCUGUCCCCGGUGCUGGGGACGGUGGGGAUGGCCCCUUGUCCUCAUCCACGUCCCCACAUCUGGGCCGUGGCCAGGCCGCCUGCACAUCUGGCAGUGAUUUGGGUUAAUUUUAGCCUGGACCCCACCCGGGGGCCCCUGCGGGUGCCAGGCCUGAGCACGAGCCAGGUCCUGAGCCAGGCAGGAUGCAGCCCGCAAGGCUCCCUACACCCUGCAAUUAUGGGCAUGGCACUGAGCCUCCCGGCUCUGGAUUUAGCACCAGCUAUUUGGGGAUGACCUACUGCGUGUGCCGGGCGGGAACAGCCAGGAGACGCCAUCCCUGCCAUGCCGCGUGGGGCAGGGCCGUGGGGAAAGCGGGGCCGCCGCGGCAGCGGGAUGCGGCCGGGGGCCCGCUGAGCGCCUGUCCCCCCGCCAGCCCCGUGCCGCCCCACGCCAUGGCGGGGCUGCUGAAGACCCUGGUGAGCGUCUCGGAGAAGGCGGCCCACAUCGCCCGGCUGUGCCGCCAGGAGGACGCCCUCUUCCACCUGCUCGUGGCCGAGAAGACCGGCACCGACAAGAACCAGAGGUUCGUGCAGGACUUCAAGACCCUGGCGGACGUGCUCAUCCAGGAGGUCAUCAAGCACGACGUGGGGAAGGAGUUCCCGGAGCUGCGGGACCACAUCCGCGGGGAGGAGUCCAACGAGUUCGGGAACGGGCUGGGGGAGACGGUGGUGGUGCGGGUCUGCGCCACGCAGGACGACACGGCCGCCCUGCUCUGCCGGGUGCUGGACCGCAACCGGGCGGCCGCUGAGCUCCUGGCGGCCGCCGUGCACCAGGACGUGGAGCUCAGGGACGCUGAGCUGGACGCUGUGGUGCUGAGCAUCCCCCCCGAGGACCUGGCCAUCUGGAUAGACCCCAUAGACUCCACCAACGAGUACAUCCGCGGGCAGGAGGACGUGGCCCCCGUGGACGGCAUCCACCCCUCGGGGCUGCGCUCGGCGCUGGUGCUCAUCGGAGCCUACGACCGGCACACGGGCUGCCCCGUGCUGGGCGUCAUCAACGAGCCCUUCUUCCGCAGGGACCCGCUCAGCCGCAGGUGGCACGGGAGGUACCACUGGGGGGUCUCGUACCGGGGCGCCCGGCUGUGCUCGCUGCGCCCGCCGCCGCUGCGCCCGCAGCCCUGCGUGGUGCUGAGCCGGGCCGAGACGGCGGCGGUGCGGGCGGCCCUGGCGCCGCUGUGCGGCCCCCGCCUCCGCUUCGCCGCCGGCGCCGGCUACAAGAUGCUCUGCGUCAUCCUGGGGCUGGCGGACGCCUACGUGCUCUCGGAGGGCAGCACCUUCGCCUGGGACGCCUGCGCCCCCCACGCCAUCCUGCGGGCGCUGGGCGGCGGCACCGUGGCGCUGGCGGGGGCCCUGCGGGGCCGGCGGGCGGGCGGCGCCGCGCAGCCCCCCCAGCUGCUCUACAACCGCCCGGCCGAGGGGGCGGCGGGUGCCCGGCGCUGGGCCAACCGCGGCGGCCUCGUGGCUUACGCGCACCCCCAGCACCUGGAGGCCGUGGUGGCCGCGCUGGCCGCCGUGCCGGGGCUCUGACCCCCCCCCCCCCACGGACCCUGCCCCGACCCGGGGCAGUGGGGAGCGGGGGGGGGGGGGGGCCUGCACUGCCCCCCCCAGGUGCUCCUGCUUGGGGGUGGGACCGGGGCUGCGGCAGCAUUAAACUGUCCGUGUCA